AUGAACUGGCAUGGAUUCCUGCCAUCUGCGAGUGCCGGUCGCGGCGCCGUCUGCAUCGCUCUAUCCAUGACUUUUUUCAGUGCGUUAGACCAUGUUUUACGAGGAGUAAACCCCCCUAAGACUGUAGUUUGCAAAGGUUCACUCGCUAUAUGGAAGUGGCGUAAUAUGAUGAUUUCUUGGUUACAUGCCGUUUUAAUUGGAACAUGGGAUUUAUUAUGCUUUUACUAUUAUCCUGAGUUGAUGAAUGAUCCAGUAGACCAUAUCGUGCCUUUUACAUAUUACUUAGUGGCCGUUUCUACUGGUUACUUUCUUUAUGAUUUCUGGGAUAUGUUCACGCAGAGGCAAUUAUUCAAAAUGUGGGAAUUAACUUUGCAUCACAUUGCAGUUCUGAGUGCCUUUAUUUAUAAUGUACUGUCAGUUCGGUACAUAGCGUAUACAGUUAUCGCCUUACUUGCUGAAGUCAAUAGCAUAUUUCUUCACACCCGUAAAUUGAUGCAAAUGCACAAAGUUCCUUCAAUGAAUAUGUCUUAUCGGUUCAAUGCUGUCCUGAACCUAACUACAUUCGCAGGUUGUCGAGGAUUUGCACUGCUUCGUAUUUCAUACGGCAUGUAUAUGGACCCCGAAAAAAUGACACCGUUUUAUACUGUAUUGUUGGGGACAAGUAUGUUCAUCAUGAAUCUGCUGAACCCAGUUCUAUUUUACAUACUUUUACGUAACGAUUUUCUACUUCCGCCCAGAGAUGAAGAUCUUUAUAUCAAAAAAGGGAUGAAAGUAAAUUGUCCCCCCUCGGAAAGCAAAAUAUCCAAUGGUUAUAGCUUAUCAUUAGAAAUAAAUGGCUUUCCCUGCGAUGGAAUUCAUAAGCGAAAUCUGUGA